AUGGAGGGGGGGCGCCGCAGUGUCGCUGCCGCCCGAGAGGAGGAGCCGCCGGCGCUGCGGAGACGCCCACUGGCCGCGCCCCGCGCCCCGCGCCCCGCGCCCCGCGCCCCGCGCCUGCACCGCACUCCCGCCCAGCAGCCCGAGCCCCACACCCCGCGCCCGCAUCGCAGCCAGAGCCCCGCGCCCAGCAUCCCCGUGUCCGCACCGCAGCCAGAGCCCCACACCCCGCACCCCACGCCCCGUGUCUGCACCGCACCCUGCGCCCAGCAGCCCGAGCCCCACACCACGCGCCCCGCGCCCGCACCGCAGCCAGAGCCCCACACCCCGCACCCCGUGUCCGCACCGCAGCCAGAGCCCCGCACUCCGCACCCCACGACCCGUGUCCGCACCGCACCCUGCGCCCAGCAGCCCGAGCCCCACACCCCGCGCCCCAUGUCCCCGUGUCCGCACCGCAGCCAGAGUCCCGCACCCCGCACCCCACGCCCCGUGUCUGCACUGCAGCCUGCGCCAAGCAGCUCGAGCCCCACACCCCGUGUCCGCAACGCACCCCGCGACCCGCGCCCUGAGACCCGCAUCAGCACUCCGCCCCGCGCAUCAAAUCCUGAACCCCGCGCCCACACUCAGCUCCCCCAGCCCCGCAUCCCGCACCCCAUAUCCCCAGCCCCGCAUUCAAACUCCACACCCCGAUCGCAGCACGCACAAUCCGUACCCCAAAACCCGCAUCCACACCCCAAACCUCGUAUCCACACCCUGGAGCCCCAGCCCCGCAUCAGAUCCCACACCGCACCACGCACCCCAGGGUGUGUCGGGCCACGUGGCACCGGGGCCCACGACGCUCUGGCAGCCAGGGGCCAGGGCGGUGGAGAGGGGCCCCCAGGGGCAGCCGUGUGGCACCCUGAGUGUCCGUCACCCUGA